AUGCCUCCAACCAAAAGAAAGGCCACCAACGCCCUUGAUCCAACGGAGCGCAAAAGAGCCCAAAACCGUAUCUCGCAACAGUGUCUGCGCGAGAAGAACAUCACAUACAUUCGCAACCUGGAGGAGACGAUUGAGCUGCUGCAGAAAGUGGCUACUGGCUCGGAUCCUCAAGAUCGGUACUCUGUUCUGCUUGAUGCGCAUCUUAAGUUGAUAGCUGAGAAUCGAAAGCUGGAGGAUGCUCUGUUGAGGCUGCGUAAGAAGUUACUCAGUUUCGGUCAAGCUGCUACUGCGGCGGCUGAUGAUGAGGUCUUUGACUCUAUAUUUCGGAGGAGAGAUGCUGAAAACCCCGAAGCACAGCAAUCUGCGCAGAGGACGGAAGGGGUGAAUCACGAAUCACCUCCUGCUCUUAAUCCCUCGAUCAACAAUCAACCUUUUCAGGACAUACCAGAGCAAGCCGACCAGACAGAUAUAUUCAAGGACGCAUCGUUCCUCUUAGAUCUAUCCAUGGCAGGUCAAGAGCACGAGGCAUUAACUCCGAGCACAAUGCAACCUGGAGAUACCUUCUUAGAUCCAGCCAUGUCGUCUCUAUCACCAAGAUCGCUUUUGUUCGUCCCAAAUCAGCUCAGUAUCACGUCAAUGUCUAUCUUUGGCUCUAGAUUGCUUGGUGCUUGUCGCCGACAUCUGGAUAACCUGCACGAAUCCGGAAGUAGUGCAGAUAUGGUUGACAAGAUCAUCAAGACUGCUGUGCGCUUCUCUAUGCGCUGCGCAGGACUCGAAUCGUAUGCCUAUGGAGUGAACGGGGCUAAAUAUAUCGAAAGAGUCAUCAGUUGGCGUCUUGGAAUCGAGUCCAAGAAUUCCGUUCCGCUUCCAUUCCGACCAACACCACUGCAAUCCAAGAACCCCACGCACUUCUGGGGAAUUGACUUAUUCAACUGGCCCGAGAUCAGAGACCAACUCGUCCUCGAAGCAGAAACCACCGAUUUCGACGAACUCCUCAAAGAUCUAGUUUUACACUCAGUCAUCGAACCCGCUAAUCACAGCGUCGCAGUCAACGUCCUCGACAUCUUCGAAAACCAAGUCCUGCGCCGCCGUCAACAUCAAAAAGUCCCAUCCAGAAGUUACUUCACCGAUCCAUCAUGGACACUAUUCCAGAUCGGCCCCGAGGUUGGAGAAUGGUACUCCUCCGAGCACGAUAUAGUCGAAGAAGCUAUCUUUCUGGAGCUAGAUCGUCAGAUAAACGCGGCGCCGAGUCCAGAUGAUGAUCCAGUGGAGGAGAGUCGUGCAAACGACGUAGCCAAGUUUUUGGGCCUGGAUGACUUUUAUCAUGCCGAGCGUCGCCCCGCCCAACGACCAAAAGCAGUCAAAGGCACCCAGGUUAGCAUCUUGAGUCUAGUUGGCCUUACUUGCGCAUCGUGUGUAUCCGAUGUUGAAGACAUAAUCGGGUCGAUCCCUGGAGUUUUGAAGGCUACUGUUUCACUUGGACUACUUCGAGCGCAAGUAGAAUUCAACUGUGAUGUUGUGAGAGAAGAGGACAUUAUUGAGGCCAUCUGCUCUGCUGGCUACGAAGCCCAAUCACUGCCUUCAUCUGACUCUCAGAGCUGGACUAGUCUGUUAUCUAUGAUCAAAGAGCCCUCGAAUUUCCAGAAAGACCAUGUUAGCUCAUGUCAACGGGACUUUCUCGUGGCGACUACGGCUUCAGUCCUUUUCUUUGCGUCACGCGGCAUCAACACCUUAUGGGCGACACAAAACAAUUACAUAAACCUAGUUACGUAUUUUGCUGUUGCGAUGAUCUUACUAGCUGGAUCAAAACUCCAUCUCGAGGCCUUCCGCUCUGCAUGGCAUGGAAGAAGACCAAAUAUGACAACUCUUGCAUCACUUGGUAUCAUGCUGGCUCUUGUGCAAGCUGCGUCUGAUUCUCUAGAAACUGCCAUAAAUGGAUAUCAUCGCAUGGGCUUGAAGUCCCUAGAGGCGAUCCCGAUUCUCUCUACGAGCGUCCUUGGUGGCCGUUUACUCAAGACCAUCCUCUCCCAGCGUAACCGGGUUUUCGCAUCCCCGCUCUCAAGUCUGGUACCUGCCAUGGCCAUGGUUUACAAGAAAACAAAUGAACAUGCCUCUAUUCCCAUCGAUCUAUUGUCUCCCGGUGACACAGUUAUUGUGAAACAGGGAGAACACAUACCUUGUGAUGGAGUUAUCCAGAGCAUAGAGUCAGCUCUUGUCACAGAGACUUGGACCAACGGCUCUUUGGAGCCUAGAGUGGUUGAGCAUGGCGAUGCUGGCAACAGCCUGCGGGCGUUCUACUCGCCUAGGUCAACUACUAGCAUCCGUCGUGACGGCGGAACUGGCCAACUCAGAGCCCCAGCUUCAUCGUGCGACUUCAUGGUUCUCAAGCGCAGUUAUCCUGAUGGCAACAAGCAUACUCGCCUUUUAUUUGGUGUUCAAAAAUGGCGACUGGGCAGAUGGGUUGGGUCAGGCCUCAGCACUGCUACUAGCCGCUUGCCCGUGUUCCCUGAGCUUGAGCAUUCCGACUUAUUACGAAGCGCCGCGUCUGCUCAGACUAUUCUAUUUGACAAGACUGGCACUCUCACACAUGGAGAUCUUAAAGUCACGCAUGCCAGCUUCUCCGAGGAGUGGAGUUCAUCACAGAAGCAAGACAUACUGUGGAGGGCUGUGCAGGAAGUUGAAGCUGGGAACACUCAUCCGGUUGCCCGAGCACUCUUCCAAGCGAGUCACUCAAAGCUAGCAGAGAAAGUUGAGUGGUUAACUACAUUGAUGGUAUCCGAAAUCAAGCAUGAACUUGGUCGCGGCGCCCAAGCGGCUGUGACAGCCACUCAUCCCGGCUCGAGUUCCACCUCUUGGAAGUUGGCAAUCGGCAGCCGCGCAUACAUCGAGAGUCUAGGAGUUUCCGUCGACCUCAGUCAAACGCCUGUGAAGAUCAGAACCGGGAUCACAACCACUGUUGUGCUAGCCAUGGAUGGCAAGCAAGCUGCCGUCUUUGUACUUGAAGACAAAGUACGCCCUGAUGCUCGCAAAAUUGUACGACAACUCAAAGACCUCGGUCUAACUAUCGGAAUGAUCACGGGUGAUAACGCUGCUUCAGCUACCUCCGUCGCUCGCGAAAUAGGCAUUGAUUCAGACAUGGUAUUUGCCAAUGCCCUUCCCGAGGAAAAGUCUCGCAUCUUGGCACGAUUUCUCCAGAAAGGACCAGCUAUAUACGUGGGUGACAACUACAACGACAUUUUGUGCUUUGCAUCUGCAUCGUUUAGUAUAUGUGUCGCGGGCUCGGACAUGAAGUCUGUUGAAGAUGACUGUGCUGAUGCGACGUUGAUAUCGUCUGAGAGUCCCCCGCUCAGUCGCAUUCCGUUGACGAUACUUUUGGCACGGCGUAUGGGCGGUAUCGUGACCCAGAAUCAUUGCUGGGCUGUUAUUUAUAAUAUCUUAUCUGUGGCCUGGGUUCUAGGUAUAGGUGGCAUGAGGCCACCUUCUCCGUAA